AUGACCCAAGAAGGAACUAAAACAAGUGACCAAGCCAACUUUGAGGGUUACUUAAGCCACUGCAAUCAAAGUUUUGAAAACAAGUUCAUAGAUAUACUAAAGAAUGCUGAUUUCAAUUCACAUCCAUCCCCAUUGCUUAGAAAUAAUCUCAGUGAACCAAAAGUCAUUGAGGUUAUAGCAUAUUUAAAGUUACUCAAGGCUUUUAAAGUGUUAAAAAAUAGAGUUUUGGCUGGAUCAAGAGAUGAAAAUGGGUAUAAUGAGGCUACAAGUCUUAAAACAUGGCAAGUGUACUUGACAAAUUCAGUAAGGAGAUUCAUUAUAUUUAUUAAUUCAUUGUACUCUAAGAUUAAAGAAGAACCUAAUGUGAAUCUUAGAUACACGAAAUUCUAUUCACUUAUGGAUGCUUUGAUUCCUCCAUUGGAUGUGAUCCUAAUUUGGAACAGCGUGAUAUUAAAUAAUAGUUUCUUCAAUGAUGUGAUGAAAAGAAACAAUUUCACUGAAUUCUUAUCUUAUCCAUUUCCAUGGAGUACUAUCAAUGAGUCCAUCCAUAAUUAUUCAUUUGAAUUCUUACCAAAUUCGACUUUGAAACAAAACUAUACCAAGUUAAUUAAUGGAGGAAGAUAUGAAUUAGAUAGUUUCCAUUUAGAUUUUGUGUCCUUUGACCAAGUGGUCAACAUUUAUUGUCCAAAUUGUUGCUGCUUAUUAGUGGAAAACGUUGAAUUAUCAAACAAUAUGAAUACUGGAUUUGCAGAUAAUGGUUUCGAGACUAAUAUCAACCCUUCUAAUUCUGAAUGUAUAUGCAGUGAUUUGACAGAAAUAAAUCAUAAUGACUUGAGAAAAUUACAACUAAUCAAGGAUUGUUUUGAUUCUAAACCAUUGAUGGGAUUUUUAGAAUUUGAUUUAGAUGAUAGCUUGAAUAUGAAUGCCUUGAAAGAGGCAUUAAAAACUUAUACAUUAAACAACCCCGCAUAUACAAUGAUUAAUGUUUAUCGCAAUGCAUUUGAGAAUAUUCAAAACCCAAUUUCUCAAACAAUAUUUGCAAAAAAUUAUGUAUUUCUGAAUUUAAUUCACUGCACUAUUCCUAAAUCAGAAUUACAAAUUCCAGAAGACUUGGUUGCAAGUACUAUUAGACAGGAACAAUUUAUGAACGAUAUGCUGAAGAUUAGUUUACUACAUGAUGCGAACAUUGUCGAGAUUAUCAAGGAUGCUAGAGUAAGAUAUACUAAUUUUAUUUCUUUGGAAAACCAAUUUAGAGAUAUUUUAUUGUAUCCAACAUUGGAAAUUGAUUUGAUAUUAAAAACAUCACAGUUAUCAAGACCAGAUGCAAUGAAGAGUUUCUAUCAAAAGACAAACCUUGUUUUCAUUCAAGAAGAUGAUUUAGAAGUUAGCUUUAUGGAAAUGCUAACUAAGUACUCUAAGAAUUAUGAAGAUUAUGAAACUACAUGUGGAUGUCGACAAUGCCAGUCAAGAAAAAAGGGACACAGAAAGUCUGUCUACAACAUUUGGAAGAACAAAUUCGGUAGCUCUAGAAGAAGGAGUAGUGGUGAUGGGUCUAUAACCUUAACCCAUCCUAGUUUGAAUUAUUGUUGGUUUUCAAGUAAUAACAGUCCAAUAGAAUACAACGAUAUGUUCAUCAAGAAGCAAAUGAUGUAUCUGGGUGUGUAUGUCAACUCUCCAUUUAUAUCUCCCGUAAAUAUAAUAAAUGCAUAG